AUGUACUUCGCAAAGAUCGCUGGUCUCUUCGCCCUGGUUGCCACUGCUGCAGCCGACAGUGUCGCAUAUGACACCGGCUACGACGAUGGCAGCCGCUCCAUGACCGCAGUCUCUUGCUCGGAUGGUGCCAAUGGCCUGAUCACCAGAUACGGCUGGCAGACUCAGGGUGCAGUCCCUCGCUUCCCGUAUAUCGGUGCUGCUCAGGCGGUUGCGGGAUGGAACUCCCCUCAGUGCGGUACUUGCUGGCAACUCACCUACAACGGCAAGUCUAUCAACGUUCUCGCCAUCGACCACGCCGCCUCCGGCUUCAACAUUGCCCUCGAUGCCAUGAACGACUUGACCAACGGUCAGGCCGUUGCCCUGGGCCGCAUUGAUGCCACGGCGACCCAGGUUGCUGCCAGCGCCUGCGGACUGUAA